GAGAAGGCAAACGAGAAGCAAGGCGGGCCUCUCGAAGCAGAGCAGCGGCAACCUUCUGCUUUUCGCGUAUCUGCUCGAAUCUUCGGGUCAUCGCUCUCCAGGUGAGGCAACGAGCAGCAAACGAGAGGGUGAUCUGCACAGGAGAAGAAGCAGCAGCACGAGAGCAGCCAGUAUGUAACAAUCAACUCAUCCGUUGCUUUGUGUGUUGUCUUGUGUUGUGUUUGUCAGAUGAAGCGUGGCUUCCUCCUGCCGAAGGCGGAGCAGAGCGCUGCAGCCGCCGCAUCGACUGCCGAGGAGUCAGUCAUUCCUCAGCGGAAACGAAAGGUACAACACACAAUGACGUUCCUGAAAUGCCCACAACUGACCAAGUGCUCUGUCUGUGUUCAUUCAGGCGAGGCCUCCUCCUCGUGUGUCUGCGGACAUCAAACGGCAGUAUCCGCACCUCGAGCACGCCUGUGGCCGGCCACUCCUUCUGCUGCAAGCAUCACUCGGCCCCUCACUCUUCCUCACGCCCUCCCCUGCCAAGGCCCGGUGUCUGGUCAUCGACUGCGCCCACAGAAACACCCGCCGUAUGUGGGAAGCGGUCUCGCUCGAGGUCGCAUAUCAGUGGGGCAUGGCUGCCAGGACCCUCGAGAAGCUGGUGGUCCGCUAUCCAAAGCCAGCGGUGUCGCGGCGGAAGCGCAGCAAGGCACCGGUUUGGUCUAUGGGCGUGUGGAUGGCGAUAUUGGAGGGGCAUGCACACGGGCGGCAGCGGGCCGUUGCCGUGAAGAACAAGACAGACAAGAAGGGCAAGGGCGAGAUGGAGGCGAUCGGCAGCGGCAGCAGCUCUCAAGCGGCGUCAGUGGCAGCUUCCGAUGGGUCGCUGCGGGUGCUGGAGUUCGAGGCGGUGGACACUGAAGGGCCGCAGGAGUGGGAGAGAGGAGACGGUGGUGUGGCCGCCCCCUCUUCGACACCCCUCCUUCCCAAGACUGACGGUGGUCUCCCUCCCCGCAUCCUUCCCGUCCACCUGCCGGCCCUCACAGAGGUCCGCAACAUGCCCGUCGACGUCGCUGCUUGGCGCAUGUACCGCUCGUGGUGCGAUCGAUCAACACACGCCCACGAGAGUGAGGGAUUAGGCGUCCCUGGUGUGUGUGUGUGUGUGUCUGCAGGCAUUCCCCUGGCAUUCGAGUCCUCACCUUCACCACACAUCCCAGGUCAUCUUGUCUGAAGGAGUACAUCGGCGCUGAGUGGGUGCGGGGCUGCACGGGCCUGGAGGCGCUGGUGUGCGACGACCGCGUGAACGGCGACGGUGGGCUGAUACUGGCCAUGCUGGCUGAGCUGCCUGCAGACGGCAAGUCGUUGGAAGGUCUGCGAGAGCUCGGCAACAUUCACCUGUAUGGGGUCGAAGGGGACGAGAUUCAGCAACUGCAGCAUGCUCUCACCUUGCGGGGCUGCAAAAAGAAGCUGGCCAAGCUACGCAUCGACACGGGCACGAUACUGCGCAUGGAAAGCGACGUCGACAGCCUGACAAUGCUCGACCAUCUGGUGUAAGCAAGCAGGACAGAGGAGGCAACAAAAGGGCUGCACGAUUGUCUGUGUGUCUCGUAUCCCAUCAGGACGGCUGUCGUUGACCCAGAGGCGCUGCUGACCGGCGGUGUCGAGUGGGCUGAGCUUCGUGAAGACGAUCUGGAUGCGGAGCUGUCGGUCGAGCUGCUCUCGUGGGCGCGGGCUAAGUCCCCGUUCCUGAAGCGCCACGUGGAGGAGCUCGCCCGCAUCGUCCCCCGCGUCACCUAUCAUGGCCUACCCGAACCGCACCACCCGGCCGCUACCGCCAUGACACCAUCGACCUUCCCCCGAGCCGACUGCUUUCACCUGGCUGCCGAGUCGCUGACGCGCUACACGAUGCAACGCGUCGUGUCUGUCGCGAAGGCAAUCGGCAAGACCUACAUCCGCGUGUCUGGGGAGGAAGGGGAAGAUGCGGCUCCCGUGGGAUUGGCUGUCGAGUUCCUCAAGGCACUGCAGACAGCCCGGCUCAACGAGGGCAGCGAGGCCCCACUGGACGUCUUGCAUUUUGUGUCGCUGGGCGGCGAGGACGUGGGAUCCUUAUGGGAGACGCACGCCGCCGAAGUGUCCCCAAUCAGAUGCCUGGAGCUGUGGAUUACCGGUAGGUACAGAUACGUGGCUAUGGAGAGGGUCUUGUGCAUGUGUGUGGAUGUGCGCCGCUCAGAUACGAUUCCACCGGGCGCCUCAGACAACGAGCGUCGGGCCUUCAUCGAGACCGUCAGCAAGGACCUCCUGGCGAUGCUCAAGGCGUCCACCCGCCUCGGUGGCCAUCGAGAGACGGACGUCCGCUUCUUCAGCCUCCAUGGAGAUGUACGUGAGUACUUUGCGCGGCACCACCUGUCAGACGACUUCGACGAGACGCCUUACACAUUCACCUUCGAUGGCACGUCACUGAGCCUGCGCAGGCGCAGGUGGGGAAGCGAAGGCCGGAGGGAAGGAUGAUUCAUUGUCUUAAUUGCCUCCUUCUGUUCAGGAGAGGCGUCUGAUGGAGAGCCAUUGUUUGGUGCGUGCAUGCCCUAUGCUCGAG